AUGGCUAGAACUUUACGUCCACCGACUGCUGAAAGCAAAGUUUCCAAUGUGACAAAUUCAAACCCAAACCCAAACCCAAACGUAUUUGUACCAUCUUACACAACUGCCGUCACCGAGAGACAAAAAAAAUUAAAAGAAUCAUCAAGAGGACUAACUUCAUCAUCCUCUCUUCAUAAUGCAUCCAAUUCAAACAAUGGGCUUAUUGGUGGUACCUUCGAUAAAGUGCAAAUGACCAAAUUAUUAAUACAUACUUUACAUGAACUCGGGUAUGAAAAUUCAUCCAUUUGCUUACAGGAGGAGAGUGGUGGUAUUCAAGUGGAAUCCACCGUCGUGCAAAAAAUAUUCAAAUAUAUUAGAGAUGGUAGUUUCUUUGAUAUAACUUUGGAAUUAUUAUCAAAAUUACCAUUAAAGAAUGGUAACUUGAAUUUAGAAUCCUUAAAUUGUCAUACCCUUUUGGAUCAAUCAGAAGAGAAUGUUAAUAACAAAAAUACCCAGAACCAUUCCGCUACAUUAGAUCAUACAAUAUCUACAAUGACUAUACAAUUACAAUUAUUUGAAAGUUUAUUUGAGAAGAUUGCUGGGAUGUUAAGACGUCCUGGAGUUUUAGAACAACUAGAUACUUUUAGACAAAUCCUAGAAAUUAUGGUAUUGGUUAAUAAACAGGUGUUCUUAGAAUUGGUUUUCCAAUCAUCUGACCCAACUGGCGCUGUCUUUUAUUUAAGAGCAUUCUUACGUAAAUUCAUUCAUCUUUGGGACUCAGUAUUAUUGUUACAAAAUGACAUUGGUUUAAACUUGGAAACUGAUUUCACGCCAGAACAAUUAUUAAGAGAAAUGUCUAGCGUCUUAACAAGUCCACUUAAUGGUAAUGAUAACAACACACCAUUCCAUACAAUAUGGCAUGAUUCCUUGAAAAAUUCAAGAGAAUUCUUAAUAGAUCAAAUAUCACGCUAUAUUGAUCCUAAUGAUUUAGUACCAAAGGGACGUUUAGUGGCAUUAUUAAAGCAAGCUAUCAAGUAUCAACGAUCAAAAGAUUUAUUUAGUGUCUUGAAUGGUAAUGACAAUAACCAACAAGAAGAACAAGAUGAGGAACAGGACACAGAUAUGGAAAAAACACCCAAAAUUUUCAAUUUAUUGCAGGACAAUACUACUGAUUUUAAUGAAAUUAAUUUCAUAGAGGAAAAAACACUUGUACAAAAUACAGACGAAAUUUGGUAUUUACAAUUCUCCCCAGAUGGGAAAUAUUUGGCUAGUGCUUCUGCUGAUUCCACAACAGAUCGAAAAAUCUUAAUAUAUGAUGUGGAAAAUGAUUUCCAAGUAUAUAAAAUACUGGCAGGUAAUAAGCAAUGUGUCUUAUAUCUUUCAUUCUCACCUGAUAGUAAAUAUUUGGUUUCCUGUCCCUUUAACGAAUCCGCAAAUAUUUAUGAUAUACAUAUUAAGGGUGAGCCUUCUAAUAUUAAUCCAGAGAUAGGAGACUCUGGAAUAAUUGCAGAAAUAAUUCAACCAAUUGAUUCAUUUCAUAUUCCCAACAUAUUAAAUCAAGAACCACCAAUGUCCCCUUCAGAAUCUUCAGAAUCUUCAUUGGAAAAUACAACCAGUGGUAAUGCUACAGUAAUGCUUUCACGUACUCUCCCUCUGAUAGGUUCAAGAACUCGUUCAAAUAGAACGCAUAAUAAUAGUAGCAACAACCCAUCAAGUAGUACAACCCAUAAUGUUACUCGUGAUCCCUAUGUUGAAAUUGGUAAGGGUAACUCUCCAAGAACUUGGUGUUGUGACUGGUUUCACACUGCUGAUCAUUAUGGGAAAUUUGCCGUUGGUUCCCCCGAUAGGGAAGUAGUUGUCUAUGAUAUAAAUAUGAGACAGAUUAUUUAUAGAAUGGCAAGUUCCAUUGCAUUUGAUUCAGAAACAAAUGAAAUCAAUACACAUUCCACUACAUCUUCCUCGGUAUUUACUUUUAUGGAUCAAUUCCCAAGAAUACACGAUUUAAAGAUUUCCUAUGACGACAAAUAUAUGAUUCUAAUGACUCAUCAGGGGAAUAUUGACGUUUAUGAUAUCUCCAGUUUCCCCACAAAUGAAACUGUGACCAAAUUGGCUGAAUCAAAUUUGUCAACAAUGACUAGUGAAGAAGCUCAUCAAAGGGGCCAUGUCUUAUUGGAUGAAUUAAUCUUACCUAAAAUUCAACAGUUGACAAUUAACAAAAACAUGACAUGUAUUUCAUUGCCCGAUAUUAGGAACACAAGACUAGAUUAUGACAUGGACGAUGAAAUGAAUGAUGACGUUGCUGAGGGGUCCGAAGAGGGAUUGGCAAAUUUACUGAUUGUUAAUUUACCAUUUAAUGAAAUUCAACUGUGGGAUUAUAAGGAGAAUUUAUUAAUUCAAAAAUACAUGGGACAACGACAAGAACAAUUUAUUAUUAGAUCCUGUUUUGGAUAUGAUAAUAAAUUGGUUGCGAGUGGAUCAGAAGACGGAAAAGUUUACAUUUGGGAUAGAGUUAAAGGUAAUAUAUUGGGUGUAUUGAGUGGUCACAAUAAGGAGAGACUUAGUUCAUUUGGGAAUAAUGUUAGUAGAGCAAGCCACUCCAGCCAUAGCAAUAAUACAAGCAAUGAUAAGAAAUUUGGUAUGAAUUGUAAUACUGUGGUUUGGAAUCCUCGUGACAAAUCAUUAUUCGCCUCGGGAGGUGAUGAUGGUUACAUUAAGAUUUGGAGAGUUGUUAGGGACUGA